AUGCAUCCAGAUAUUGGAAACGAGCUGUACUUAAAACUUGACAAGUUUUAUAAAGUAAUCCUCCCUGUCUUAAAUGCGGAAGUAAAAGACCAAGCCAGCCGAGAGUUACUACUUUCGAAACUCCUUUACAAAGAUUUAUCAAAUGAUUCUAAAUAUUGCAUUGUGUUGUUACUGCUCCAUGCGGUUCUUCAACCACAGCGUCGGAGUAAAACCCACAAACCAACGAUUGGUGACGCUCAAUCAGAGUUUAUAAUACUAGCAACUACACCAAAUGAUAUAUUACCAAAGAUUUCGUCCAAAAUUGAGCAAUACGCGAUUGAAAAACAGCAUUUGCAGCCUUACAUCAUUGCAGUAGGUGAGGACUAUACAAGUAUAUCAGAAUAG